CUCAUCAUUAAGCUGUAAAACCCACGAUCUGAAUAUUUCUGAUCAGUUCAUCAGUACUGUCAUUACCAGCCAUGGCCACCGUGAUAAUCUCCUACCUGCUCGUGCUCGUACUCGCCGGAGCGGUGGCGGUGGAGGCCAUUCUGGGAGCGCCGCCGGCUCCGGGGACGUCGGCGGCGAAGGUGCCGGCGGUGCUGGCGUUCGGCGACUCGAUCGUGGACACGGGCAACAACAACUACCUCCCGACCAUCGUCCGCUCCAACUUCCCUCCCUACGGCCGAGACUUCCCCGGCGGCAAGGCCACCGGCAGGUUCUCCGACGGCAAGAUCAGCAUCGACCUCCUCGCGUCAGCGCUGGGGGUGAAGGAGAUGGUGCCGCCGUACCUGAACAAGAGCCUGAGCACGGAGGAGCUGAAGACCGGCGUGAGCUUCGCGUCGGCGGGGAGCGGCUACGACAACGCCACCUGCCGGACCAUGAUGACGCCGCUCACGGUGGAGCGGCAGCUGCAGCUGUUCGACGAGUACAAGGCCCGCCUCGCCGGCGCCGCCGUCCCCGACCGGGCGCUCUACCUCCUCUGCUGGGGCACCAACGACGUCAUCCAGCACUUCACCGUCUCCGACGGCAUGACGGAGCCGGAGUACGCCGACUUCAUGGCGGCGCGGGCGGUCGCCGCCGUCCGCGGGCUCGUCGCCCGCGGGGCGCGCCUGCUCGUCGUCGUCGGCGCGCCGCCCGUCGGGUGCGUCCCGGCGCAGCGGAUCAUCGCCGGCGGCGUGCGGCGGCAGUGCGCCACCCCCCGCAACCAGGUGGCGCUGCUGUACAACCGCAAGCUCGGGCAGGAGAUCGGCCGGCUCAACGCGAAGCUCGCCGGCGUCAAGAUCGUCCUCGUCGACCUCUACAACAUCCUAGCCGACGUCAUGCACCGAUACCAAGCCCUAGGGUUCAAGAACGGGAAGGAUGCGUGCUGUGGAUACAUCGGGUUGGCAGCCAGCGUGCUCUGCAACUUCGCGAGCCCGCUGUGCAACGACCCACCGCAGUACGUGUUCUUCGACAGCUACCACCCCACGGAGAGGGCCUACAAGCUCAUGGUCGAUGAAGUCAUCAAACGUUACCUCCGAUUUCUAUAGCUAGCCACCUACCUACUGGCCGGCUCUCGAUCGAUCAUCUAGCUAGCUUUUUUUCCUUUAUUUUUCCCUUUUUCAGCUCGCAAUAAUUAUUUAUUUGUACACAAUUUUGUAUGCUAUAUAUUCUAGCUCUCAUCACUCCAUCUAUCUAUUGAGGGAACAAGGGUAUACUAAUUAAGUAGGAACUAAUAAACAAGAUAUGCAUAUGGAAUGUUUAAACCCCUUUAGCCUA